AUGGGCUCCAUCUCUGAGCUCACCUGCAUCUACUCAGCGCCCAUUCUGCCUGAUGAGGUGACCAUCAUGGAAGAUAAAAUGAAUGCCACCAUUAAAGUAGCUGGUGUAAAUGUUGAACCUUUCUGGCCUGGCUUGUUUGCAGAGGCCCUGGACAAUGUCAACAUCAGGAGCCUCAUAUGUGAUGGAGAGGCCGGUGGACCUGUUCCAGCACCUGGUGCUGCACCAACAGGAGGUCCUGCUCCCUCCAGCACUGCAGCUCAAGCUGAAGAGUAG